AUUGUAGUUUGAAGUCAGUAAGGAUGCAUGAUCUCGUAGAAAUUGAUUUGUGACCCUAGUAAUGUAAGGAUGAUUGAAUAGCACCUGAAGGAAGACAGUGAAGUUCUGCAUUUUUUUGUCCAAAGCGAUGGCGAUGCAAGUGAGAUUCCCGUUUGGGAGUACAGUGAGCGUUUUGGUAACUCACGUGGAGGAGGCUUCAGGAAACUUCUUCGUUCAAAUCAACGAUGAGGCGGGAAAAUUAGAUGCAGUCAUGUCAGAAAUUGAAGAAAACGUGCUCUCAGGGAAAGCUAGACCGCCAAACGCUUCAGAAAUUAUGGUCGGCUGUAUUUAUUUGGCGCAAUAUAAAGAAGAUAAUCGAUGGUACCGAUGUCGCAUCUUGCGGGUGAAUCCAGCAGAUCAGCAGUGUGAAGUUUUCUUUUUGGAUUAUGGAAACACAGAUUUCGCGCCAUUAAGUUGUAUAAGAAUCGCAGAAGAGAAGUUUUGUGACAUGCCGCCGCAGUGUUUCGAAUGUGAGCUUGAAGGAGUUGAUCUUCGUCGUGAAAGUUUUGACGAAACGGUGACCUGGCUAAACGAAACUAUCUUGGAGCAAGAACUUUAUUGCAAGGCUGUUCAGCUUAAGAAACAGAACGUUUUAGUUACACAACUUUUCUUUGAUGAGAGAGGUACCAAGUCUGUCUUUGAUGAGAUGCAAGGUGGAGGGCUAAGCGCUGCUGCUGCCGUUCCUCUGACGAACGGAGGUAACACAUUACCUCAACAGCCAAACCUGAGGAGGGAGGUGAAAUACAACACAAUCACUCUCUCUCCUGAUUCAUACAAUGACCUCAGUGUAACUUGGGUGGAUGAUCCAUCACAUUUCUGGUGCCAACUCUUGGGAAACACAGAUGUAUUAGAGAAAUUAAUGGAUGAUCUUGCUGAGGUCUAUGCUAAUCAAGAUCCAGCAGCCUUACCUUUACAGUCAUGCACUGUGGGAUAUCCCUGCUGUGCAAAGUUCUAUGAGGAUGAUUCAUGGUAUAGAGGAAUAAUCACUAAUGUCAGUUCGAUUGCUACUGGACAGAUUGAAGUUAGGUUUGUAGAUUAUGGCAAUACGCAGCAGACAGAGUUGUCAGAUGUCAGAGAUCUGAAGGACAAUUUUCUCAAGAUUCCAUGUCAAGCUUUGAACUUUGCCAUAGCUGGGGUUGAACCUGACAGUAAGGAUGGACUGUGGGCUGAUGAAGCCAAAAUGUUGUUUGAGAAGCUGAUUAAAUUUAAACAUGUUGUGGGACUUGUAACCAGUGUAGAGAACAGUGGGAAACAUAGAGUUAAACUCAUAGACACAACCUCAGAUCUUGAUAUGGAACUGAACCAAAUUCUCAUUGCCGCUAACUUUGGGAUUAAGUCAACAGACACACCCCUUGCAACCAUGACAACAGCAACUGCAUCUGCCUUAAUGUCAUCUCAGACAAGUGCAAAAAAAUCAACUCAACCUGUUUUUACUCAAGAAAAUGUCACAGUUGGGGUAGAGGAGAAAGUUUUGGUCACCAGCAUCAUCAAUCCUUCAAAAUUUUACUGCCAGCUGUUCAAAAAUGGACCCAAAGUUGAGAGCUUGAUGCAGGGUAUAAAUCACCACUAUACGAGACUUGGAGCAAAUGAAGAACUUCUGUCAUCACCAUCUCCUGGCGAUCCAUGCUGUGCCCAGUUUUCAGAAGAUGGUUGUUGGUACCGUGGUUUGGUUUUGGGAACUCAGUCAAAGGGUGUCACUGUUCAGUAUGUUGACUAUGGAAACUCUGAAACACUACCAAUCACCAAGAUUAAGAAACUCAUUCCUAAGUUCUCUGACCUACCACAACAAGGUAUUGAAUGCUCCUUGAACAGAAUCAAGCCCAAGUUUGUUUCUAGAGACCUGAAGUGGAGACAGCAGGACUCUCAAAAAUUUGUUGAUUUGGCUUUGGAGAAAGAGGGCAUGCUUGUGGCUGUAACUCAGGACAGUAGAGGCAUCUGUCGAGUUGAACUUCGUGUAAGAAACAGAAGGGAAGAUCAGAAUAUUAGUGAUCAGCUGGUCCUUAGUGGAAAUGCAGAGCUUGCAGAAGGGGCAUUACCUACUUCUGAAAAUUGGAAUGAUCUCAAAUCACAAACAAUUCCUGCACCAGAUCUGAAAGUUGGCCAUUUUGAAGAUGUAAUUGUCAGUUACAUUGAAAAUCCAUGCAACUUUUGGUGUCAGCUACAGAAAUCUGUGACAGAGCUUGAGUCAUUAAUGAGAGAAAUCUCUGAAGUCUAUGGUUCUGGAGGACAAAGAAAUGCUAUCUCUAAGCCAGUUUGUGAUAUGCUUUGUUGUGCCCAGUUUUCUGAGGAUAAUAAGUGGUACCGAGGUAAAAUCACUGGCAUUGAGAAAGGAGGCCAAGUUGAAGUCCAUUUUGUUGAUUAUGGAAACUUUGAAAACCUACCACUUAGCCGAGUGAAGAAGCUGCAAACUGAGUUCUUGAAACUUCCAACACAAGCUGUGAAGUGUGCAUUGGCUAAAAUCAGUCCCUCUCAUCAGGACUUGCUCUCUGAUGAUGUCAUGAACAGAUUUGAAGAGUUGACAUUGGAUAAAGAACUUGUUAUGAUGGCUGACAAGUAUGAUGAAGUGAGUGGUAUAUUUCUGGUAGUUCUACUUGAUACUACGGAAGGGAAGAACUUUGACAUUGGUAAUGAUCUUCAAACUAUUAUGGCUCCAAGCUCAACCCGUGAAGAAGCUCACAUUACUGCUCUACAGGUUCAACCAGGUACUACAGAACGUGUGUUUGUCUCUUCAGCAUCAAGCCCAACAAAAUUCUUCUGUCAGUUAUUGAAAUCUUCUGAGUCAUUAGAUGUACUGAUGAAUGAGAUGUUUGAGCAUUAUAACAAUCUGGGUGCCCAACAGGAAAACAUGUUGAAGCCAUCAGUUGGAGAGUUUUGUGCAGCUAAGUUUACCCUAGAUGAUGGUUGGUACCGUGCCAAGGUCUUAGAUGUCCAGGGAAGUAAUGUUUCAGUCCUUUAUAUUGACUAUGGAAACUCUGAAACUCUGUCAUUAUCGCGACUCAAGUUGUUGAACUCAAAGUUUCAUCACCUUGCUGUUCAAGCAAUUGAAUGUACACUAUCUGGGACUUUAAGGGAGUCUUCUGAUCAAACAUUUCUGGAAUUUGUAUCAGAGAAAGAAUUUACUGCAAGAAUCUUGAAUGUCAGGAGUGGAGUGGCAGAGGUUGAUCUGAUUUCAAAGGACACCAAUCAGUCUAUCAGCAACAUUUUCACCAACUCAAGUCCAACAUCUCCUUCAUCUGGUAUUUCUCAGGUGCAGUGGAAACCUGGAGAUACAGUUCAUGUAGUGAUCCCUUAUGCUGAAAGCACUAAGAAGUUUUUUUGCCAUAGUACAGCACACUCGCCAGAACUAGAUGACCUCAUGAACAAACUAGAAGAAUGCUACAGUUCCAGUGUGGAGAACAUUUCUUCUCUAAAUGUGGACUCUGUAUGUGUGGCAUGGUAUGAUGGCUGGUACAGGGCAAAAGUGAAGCAAACUCAAGGAAGGGAUGUCACUGUCAACUUCAUAGAUUAUGGAGAUAAUGCAACAAUCUCGCUUGACAAUAUUCGAACAAUCAAGCCUGGAUUUUCCUCUCUACCAGCACAAGCCAUACAAUGCUGUUUGAGAGGUUCCUCAGCCAAUCAGGAGCCUGAGAAUUUCAAGGAGCUGGUUGUUGAACAAGAGUUUAAGGCACAGGUUAUGAGUGAAAAAGGCAACAGUGGUUAUGAAGUUAUCCUUGUGCCAUUAGAUGGCUCAGCACCACUAGGCCAACCACUUUCUAAAGAACCACAGUCAUCAGCCUCACUAACCUUGAAUGUGACAAACCUCCAGCUGAAACAUGGUGACAAAGUAGAUGUUUUCAUCCCAUUUGUAGUCAGUGCCCAGAAGUUCUAUUGCCAACUUUCUAAAAAUGAAACUGAUCUAAUUGAGCUCAUGACCAAGUUGGAAGAGCAUUACAAUUCAAAUCAAGAGAACUUAAAUUCAAUUGGUGUUGGUGCUUUCUGUGUGGCUCGUUAUGAGGAUGGUGGCUGGUACCGCGCUCAAGUCUCUCAAUUUCAAGGGAACAGUGUGGAAGUAUUUUACAUUGAUUAUGGUGAUUCUGCAACCAUUCCACUUACCAGUGUAAGAUCCCUGAAGCCACAAUUCUCACUGCUACCAGCCCAAGCUGUGAGCUGUUGUUUGAAAGGGUUUUCUGCACAGCAUGAAUCUGAGAACUUUAAAGACCUUAUUAAUGAACAGCAGUUUAAAGCCCAGGUGACAAGAGUGAAAUCAGAGAACACUUAUGAGGUAGAAUUGAUGUUUGAAGAUGGAACUACCCUCUUUACCAAUGCAACAAUGUCUGAUGAAAUGGAAACUUCUGAACCAUCUGCAAGAGUGAGUAGCAUUCAGCUGAAUCCUGGAGAGAAAGUUAAUGUUUUUAUUCCAUUUGUGGACUGUGCACAAAAGUUCUUUUGUCAACUCUCCCAAAACUCAAGCAACCUGGAUGACCUUAUGAUAAAGCUGGAAGAACAUUACAGUUCAAAUCAGGAGAACCUGUCUUCAAUCAGUGUUGGUUCUUUCUGUGUGGCUCACUAUGAAGACGGUAGCUGGUACAGAGCACAAGUCACCAAAACUCAAGGGAACAGCGUAGAAGUUUUUUACAUCGAUUAUGGUGAUGCUGCCACAGUUCCUUUGACAAGUGUACGACCACUGAAGACAGAAUUUGCAUCAUUACCAGCCCAAGCGGUUAGCUGCUGUUUGAAAGGCUACACUGCAAAUCAAGAGCCAGAAAACUUCAAAGCCUUAGUUAUUGAACAAGAGUUUAAACUUCAAGUACAUGGCAGCCAUGAUCCUGGUGUCUAUGAGGUUGAGUUGUUCUCUGAAGAUGGAUCAAAACUGUUUGCUGGAUCACCUUGCAGUAAAACUGAGAAAGGCUCUGAACCUCAUGUGGAGAUUAAAGUAGACUCAUUUGUAGAGCUGUGCCCCACUGAAUGUGUCAGUCCACAUCUGUUCUACUGCCAGAUUGCAACAGCAGAUCACAAAGAGAUACUGUCAAAACUGAUGGAUGAACUCCAAGAAACUUCUGUUGAUGGUUGGCAAGAACAAAGCUUAGAAAGUCCUGCAGUUGGAAUGAAUUGUACAGCACUUUUUCCAGAUGAUGACUUGUGGUACAGAGGAAGAAUCACUAAUAUUGCAGAUGAUCAGUCUGUGGAGGUGUUCUAUAUAGACUUUGGCAACAGUGCAACACUUCCUUUGAGCAAAGUGAGGACAGUGAAAGAGGAGUUGUCACAAAUUCCUGCUCAAGCCAUCCAGUGUAGUUUAUCAUCCAUCUCCCCUGUCAGUGGUACAGAGUGGCCACAUGCCUCUGUUGAAAGGUUUAGCAGCCUAGUAAUGCAAAAGCAAUUGGUUGGAAAAGUGAUCAAGAAAGGAAGUGAGGAAGGUCUGGAAAUGGAAUUGUUUGACACAAGUCACCAGUCAGUUGACAUUAACAUAGGUGACCUGCUGGUUAAUGAAGGAUUAGCUACCCAUUCUACCACCAAACCUGCUCUAGCAGCUCAAGGAGUGACGGGAAGUGAGGAAUUUACCAAACCUGUGGUAAAUUGUGGUGAAAUGUAUGAUGUUGCCAUUUCCCACCAGUCCUCCCCUGGAAAGUUUUACUGUCAACUGGAGAAUAUGAAAGAUCAACUUGAUGGGAUGAUGAUUGAUCUGAAUGAUUACUACUUCCAAUUGGCUGAAACAGAGGGCUGUCUUGUCUCACCAAUAGUUGGACAGCCGUGUGUAGCACUUUACGAGGAUUCAUGGUAUAGAGCAAAAGUGCAGAAGAUCUCUGUGAAUGAUAUCACUGUUCAUUACGUCGACUACGGGAAUGAUGAGACAUUGAAGCCAUCCAGUGUAAAGCAGAUGUCCCCCUUGUUCAUGAAGACAUGUGAAGUUGCUAUUGAAUGUUCGUUAGAUCUGAACAGGAGUGAGUGGCCAGAGGAAGCCAUUGCACUAUUUGAAAGACUGAGUACUAAAGACGAGCAAUUGAUCAUAAAGAUUCUUGGCUCUGAUAGUGGACGAUAUCAAGUAAAGUUGUUUGAUAAAAAUGCUCAUUGUUUAAGUGAAGAAGUACUCCAUGUGAUCUCAGGAGCAGCACAAGAAACCCAAAGAGAAACAAGAAACUUUGAACAGCUGCCCCUUCAACCUGGUGAUGUGAAGAAUGCCUAUGUUGUUCACAUUGAAAGCCCAAAUGAUUUCUACAUCCAGUUGUCAGAAACCUACCCUGAGCUUGAACAGAUGAUGGCAAAGAUUGCUGAAGUGUACUCUGGCCUUGCUGAUGAUUUGAGUCCUGGGGAUCUUGUUGUGGGCCAUCCUGUUUGUGCCCAGUUUGCAGAAGAUGGUGGCUGGUAUAGAGCAAUAAUACAUAGUAUGCCAUCAGACCAUAAAGUUGAAGUACACUACAUUGAUUAUGGCAAUAGUGAUGUAAUUCCUUUGACAGAUCUCCGUCAGCUUAGCAGCAGGUUUUUCAGCCUUCCUAUGCAGGCAAUUCAUUGCUGUCUUGAUCUUCCAAGAGUAGAGUCUUUCAAGGAGAAUGUAGAAGAGAAGGAGCUCAAGGUGAAAUUUCUUUCAACAGAAAGGGGAAAAUGGAAGGUUAACUUAUAUGAUGACAAUGGAAUUAUUGGCAGCUCAGAUGAAGCACUUUUUGCGGCGGCAUCAGAAUAUUUGGAUGACAUAUUUGAGAAAAGAGAAUUUCUACAAUCUCAAAUUACUCAAGGAUUGAAGCAGAAUGUGUAUGUUAGUCACAUAGUGAGCCCAGAUGAAUUCUAUGUGCAGUUUGCUACUGGAUUGGAUGAAUUGACAUAUUUGAGUGAAGAGAUGAAUCGAUUCUACUCCUUGCACCCAUCAAAAAAUGAGCUGAAGAAACCAUCUAAAGGAAUGUCUUGUUGUGCAAAAUUCAGCCAGGAUCAUGGCUGGUACAGAGGUACAGUAAAGGGAGUAGCUCUGCAUGGGGUAGAGGUUGAGUUUGUAGACUAUGGAAACUGUGAAUUUGUGAACCCCAUUGAUGUAAAAGAUGUGGAGAAAGCAUUCAUGCAGUUACCUCAACAAGCUGUCCUGUGUGCGCUUGAUGUUACCAAGGACCAAUGGUCAACUGAAGAAAUAAACAUAUUUAUGUUGGUGGCUCUUGACAAGACCUUCGAGGCUAAGUUCAUUACUCAAGAUGGACUGAAAUGGAGGGUAUCUUUACAAAGUGGUGGAACAUCUGUUGUAGACAUGUUCAUAAACAACAGUGAUGCAGAUACUCUGAAAACUAAAAGUGUGAGUGUUCCAGAUGUGCAAAUUGAGACUUUCCUUCCAAUGAAACUUUCACCAGGCCAAAUUGAAGAAGUUUACGUCAGCCACUUAACAGAAUCUGGGGAUUUUUAUGUUCAGUUGUCUAAAACAUUGUCAGAUCUAACCCUUAUUGGAAAUAAAAUGAGGGAAAUUUAUGAUCAGCUAAGCCCCACUGCAGAAGCUAUGGAGGUAUGCUUCGUUGAUUCACUAUGCUGUGCUCAAUACAGUGAAGAUUCUCAAUGGUACAGAGCUUGCAUCACAAAAGUAGUUUCUGAUGCUAAAGUGGAAGUCCACUUUGUUGAUUAUGGAAACACAGACACCCUUCCAGUGGCAGCCAUAAAACAGCUCAGACCUGAUCUCCUUAACUUUCCUGUACAAGCAAUCAAAUGCCGACUUGAGGGAUCCAAAGAUGUUUGGACAGAGAGGGAUGUGGAACAGUUUAGAGCUAAUAUUUUGGAGAGGCCUUUACAUGUGACAUUUACCAGGAAAGAAGAGGAAACUUGGUGUGUGACAAUCCAAGAGCUUGACGUGUUUUCCCCAAAAGCAAAAUUAGCAUUGAAAGAGAGGUAUACCAAGGAAACCUUUGGUGUUGACAAACGUGAGGAAGCAUAUUUCCUUUUUGCUGAUUCUCCUGACUGCUUCUGGCUUCAGCCCGUGAGAACUGGAAAUGCUUUGGGAGAACUGAUGGAACAGAUCAGCACUCUAUCCAAUAAGGUAUUAGAGAGAUCCCAACUUCAAGUGGGACAGCCUUGUCUUGGUAAAUAUACAGAGAAUGACAUGUGGCACCGUGCUGAAAUCCUCCAGGUGCAGGAUGAUGCUAAUAUAACCCUAUCCUAUGUAGAUUAUGGUAAUUGUGAGAUCAUUCCGCUGGACAGGCUGCGACCAAUUAGUGAAACUCAUCUGAAACUUCCAGCUCAGGGUAUUUGUUGUCACCUAGCAGAAGUACAAGGUGUUGAUCCAGACAGGAUCACAGAAUACCUGAAUGAGCAACUCUUAGAAAAGGUGGUCGAAGUUGAAGUUCAGAAACAACAUCCAGAUAAUUCCUAUACAGUAAAGCUGUUCAAUCCUGGAGAGUCACUGUCUCUUAAUGAGCAGAUAGUCAGAGAAUGCCUUGGUGAUACAUCCCUAUUUGAAGAGAGGAUGUUUGAACAUUCCUCUCCACAAAAACUUGAUGCAACUGAAGAGAGGAAAACUUUUACAUUACCAGACCUACAGUCAGGUAGCAAAGUACCAGUGAGUUUGGUCUCGGCAUUUCUGCCAGCAGAGAUGCAGCUGCUGUUAACUGAGAGGAUUGAUGAACGAGACCAGAUGAUGAGAGAGAUAACAUCUAUGUAUCAAGCCCUUGAUGAAAAUGAACUUACACUUGAAAAUCCAGUGGUCGGAAUGUUGUGCUGUGUACCCUUUUCAGAUAAGUGGUUCAGAGGUGAAGUUAUUAGUACUUCUGCAGAUGAUACUGCCACUGUGAAGCUUGUUGAUUGUGGAACUAAUGAGAAAAUACCUAUUUCUGCCUUGAAAUUGCUUAAGGAUGAGUUUGUGAAAAUGCCGGUUUUCGUUGUGGAAAGCAGUUUAGCAAAUGUGAAGCCAAGCUCUGAUGAUGGUCAGUGGUCACCAGAGUGUUCUAUUGCAUUGGAAUCCCUUUGUCGCUCCAAAACAUUGGUAGCUGAGAUCACACAAGUAUUUGGAGAAAUGAUGGAAGUGAUUUUGAAUGAUGAGAGUGGAAAACAAAUUAAUCAAAGUCUUGUAGAUUUAGGGUAUGCAAAGUCGUGUGAGAUCCAGGAUGAUUUCUUGGGAGAACAGCCUGGGUUAAAGUGGCAAAAACUGGAGGUUGGUGCAAGCCUUGACGUGUAUUUGAUGUCAGUGAAAGAGUUGGACUCCAUUCAGUUACAAAUGGUUGACCCUGAUGAAGGUUUAGCAAAAAUGAUGGAUCAACUGAUGGCAGUAUAUUCUAAUUUGGGUGAAACAGAAGAAGUCAUUGGGAACCCCAGGGUGGGGCAAGUUUGCUGUGCCCAAUAUUCUGAAGAUUUAAAUUGGUACAGAGCAGUCAUUACUCGUGUGAGUCCAGAAGGAGUUGAAGUCAAGUUUGUAGAUUAUGGUAACAGUGAUAUUGCUGUGAUGAUCAAGCAACUUCAGGAUGAGUUUUUCUUGCUUCCUGUUCAGUGUAUUGAUUGCUGUCUCCAUGGCAUUUUGUCAGCCUCUGAGCCCACUAAUGAAGACAUUGCAUUAAAAUUAAUGGAAUUAUACGAAUCUAAAGAACUGAAAGCUGAAAUUGUCAAUGUUUCUGGUGACUCUGUGGGUGUCAAUUUGUUUGAUGAAUCUGGAUUGUCUGUUGCUGACGCUCUUGUAAAACUUGGACUUGCGUUGUCUCAAGCAACUCAGCUAGAAAAAGCAAGAAAGAUUUCAAUCUCAGAAGAUGGCAAAAUAGUUUACAAUUACCCAGAAUCUGGAGAGUGCCUUCAUAAUGUGAGUCUGGUGUCAAUAAAGUCACCAAGUAACUUCUGGUGUGAGCUGACUGAUUUCAGAUCUGAGCUCAAGUCCUUAUCGGAAAAGAUUGAGGCUUUUUACCAGUCAUUAGGUGAAAACGACUUGAGGGUUUUGUGCCUUCAAGUUGGAGACACAUGCUGUGCUCAAUUCACUGACAACAACAAGUGGUGUCGUUCUCAAGUGACUGAAGUCCUUUCAGAUGGCCAAGUCUGUGUGUGCUCAGUAGAUCAUGCCAAACAAGAAACCCUGACAAUAAACAGAAUCAAGAAACUUGAGGCAAAAUUUGCUGUUCUUCCUGUGCAGGCUUUGUAUUGUAGUAUUCAAAGUAUUGAGCCUCCUCAUAAAUACUAUGAUGAAGACUGGAGCAGUGAUGCAGUUGAAAGAUUUCAAGAACUUUGUCAGGGAGAAGAUAUGAAAAUUAAGAUCAAAGAGCAAGAUGGUAGUGUUACUCUCGUUGAGCUAAUGAACUCUGCUGGUUUAUCUAUAGGCAGUCAGCUUUUGUCUGAGGGAUUAGCCGAGGCUAGAUCUCCCCUGGUGGAAAGUCCUAUGAGAGAUUCUCCUAAUUUGUCAGCUGAACAAAUGAAAGAAUCUGACCAGGAAAGUUCUGAAGAGAAUGCCUUUGAGGAUGCUGAAUCUGACCUUGAUGUAGUGGAAAAGUUAGCCAAUGUUCAUGCAGAUAGUGAGGAAGCAAAAGGAGAAAAAGAAGAUGAAUUUCAAGACAGUAGUGAUCAUGUUGUGGAAGACACUUCUAGAGAAAAUAUUAAAGGAGAAGCAGGUCUAGUUCAGGAAGAGGCACCUUUAGAAGCAACUGUAGAACAACUUUUAAAAGAUGAAGGAAAGGAAGGAGAGGAAAAAUUAGAAUCAGCUAUUCCAGAAGAAACUUUUGAGGGAAAAUCAAAGAAGAGUUCAAGCCCUGAAAGUGUAGAGGGUUUAGAAAAGGUUGACAAAGAAGUUGCACAUGAUACAGCAGUCAGGAUGGAAGGCAGUGAAACUGAUGAACACUUGCAAGUAGUCCUUGAAGGGGUAGAUAAAAAACAGACCAAGGCACCAGUAGGGGAAGAAACAAGUGAGUCGAACAGUGCAGAUGCUAAUGGAGAUUUUGGAGAUCCAGUUCAAAAUGAGUUUGGGGAACCAGAGAUGGUUAGAGAUCAAGGUACUUAUGAGGUGCAUGAAGAUGAGGUUGAAACAGGAGUGGAGCAUGGGCAAGAGUCAGCUCAGGAAGUUUUGACAGAAGGAUUCUCAGAAGAGGAUAUUUCAGAAAUUACAGGGAGUGCUGAGGAAGAUACCACAGCAGCAACAAUAACAGUGGAUGAGAACAGGACUGAGGAAGAACGGUUAAAAGAAUCCAAACCCAAGAUUUCUGAACAAACAAUUGUUGUUGAUGAGUCUGCUAAAAUGUUUUUAGAGGAAUUGGUGACUGAUGUAUGUAAAUCUUUAAAUGAAACAAAAGAGGAACAUGAGGAAAUAAAGAAAGACUGGAAAAUUGAAAAAGAAGCAGAAGAACAACCAGAUGACAUUGCAAGCUCUGAUACAUCAUGCUGUGAUGAUGCAGAAGAAAAUAUGUUGUCUGAUGAGGCAUUGGAUAAGUUGGAUAAAGAGCUGGAAGGAGAAAGUCCAGAUGGAAGGGACCUUGAUGACACUAACAUGCCUGUUUUGGAAACUGAUCAGGAAACUGACACUCGUGGGAGUUAAGAUGACAGGUUAGCAUAAGCCCAUGAAGAAAAUGAAGCAGGAGACAGCAUAACUGAUGAAUGGAAAGUUAUUUAUCAUAGUUAGU